AUGGGUGAAGGGGUGCAUAACAACGAAUCCUUUGUUACUUUUACCUUUGAAACUUCAACCAUCCAUACUUCAACCAUCAUCCCAUCGACAAUCAAAACUUAUAUAACUGAAACCUCCAUUGCUUUAACACAUAUGGCAUCACCUUUAACAACUUCAAUUCAAGUUUCAACCAUCUCACCAACAUAUUCCAUAAUCAUGCAUGAUCCGAUCACCACUGUAUUCUUUUCUCAUCCUAUUGAGGCUGAGAGAAUGAUUCCUGAUGAAGAACCAGUUGAUGAUGAGAUCACGGUGUCCUUUGUUAAUCUUCAAUUUGAUCCUGAGGAAGAAAAUGAUCCUGAUGACUUGAUUAUGCCAGGUAAACAGUUCAAAAUCCUCAACUCCAAAAUAAAUUUUCUUCUUCAACUACAAGCAGAUACUGGGGGAAAGAAUUUUAUGACCGUGGUCGAGAUGAAGUCUUUGUUGAAAAAACAAGAGAAUCACAUUCAAAGUUUGGUUGAAAGCAUUGAGCAGAAAUAA